AUGGACCCUCUGGCUUCCCUUCGUCAACUUGUCCAAACACACCCUCUCAUCGACAACCACGCUCAUAACAUCCUCUCACGUGCUGCUGCCAGAAACUAUACAAAGUAUCCUCUUGAGCAGAUCGUCUCCGAAGCACAAGGUGUCGCUCUAACCAAUGCUACCUCUACAUUACCGUUCCACCGCGCGGCAGUCCAGCUUGCUUCUCUAUACAAGUGCUCAUCGUCCGACUGGAACCAGCUAAAGGCGGCCCGAGACCAAUUGGUCCAGCAUGACUACGAGGGCUUAAUCCGCCAGUGCCUGGAAGGAACACAUGUCCUUCUUCUCGACGAUCUUCUGAGCGACCAAGACGUUGAGUCUUUUGACUGGCAUGAUCGCUUCACCGCAUCGCGCACCAAGCGCAUUGUGCGCAUCGAAGCUCUGGCUGCCAGCGUCCUGUCUGCAAUUGUGCGCGAGGGGUCUGUUCCCUCACGGCCUUUCGACACGUCGGCUUUCCAAGCUCUUUGGGAGGGCUUUUCUAGGAACUUUUCUUCUCGGAUUUCUGAAGCAAUUGCUGACCCUGCUGUUGUGGGGUUCAAGUCAGUUAUAUGUUACCGGACUGGACUAGAUGUCCAGGCAACCGAUGGCGAGGAUACGAAGCCCUUACUGCGAUCCUUUGCUCGUACGCUAUCCGCGGCGACCGUCUCCACUCCCCGGGUCGAGGAUAAGUCGCUGAACGACUGGCUUGUUCGCCAGACUCUCAAUCUACUCAAAGCCGCCAAGACGACCCAGCCCAACAAGCCCCUGCAGCUGCAUACUGGGUUGGGCGAUAAAGACAUCAACCUGCUACGAUCUAAUCCCGCCCACUUGCAGGCUCUUAUUGCCCAGUAUCCUGAGGUUGAUUUUGUUCUGCUGCACUCAUCCUACCCCUACACUCGCGAAGCUGGCUAUCUAGCUUGUGUCUACCCCAAUGUCUAUUUGGACCUUGGAGAGGUCUUUCCCAUGGUAAGCCGGGAUGCACAAGAGUCCAUUAUUCGAGAAAGUUUAGAGAUUGUCCCCACCACCCGCUUACUUUGGAGCACGGACGGUCAUUUUUUCCCCGAAACCUUUUGGCUGGCUAAUAAGCAAUUCCGUGAGGUUCUUGAAAAGGUCCAAAACUCCCUCUGCCACAAAUACCACGUGCUAACCCCUGCGUAUACACAGAUCUUUGUUGAUUACGUCCGAAAUGGGGACUUCACAAUUGAACAAGCCAAGCAAGCUGCAGUUGAUGUACUCUUUUACAACUCGAGCCGGUUAUACGAUUUGAACGAGCAAGUCAACUACGAAUCGUCCUUAUCUGUGGUGAACUCACUCCCUCUCUUGCCACAAACUGACAUGCUGCAAGUCUUUAUCCGGAGCAAUCCGGAUGUCAAGUAUAUAUGGAUGCAAUUUGUUGAUUAUACUGCAACAGUCCGCCUGCGUAUGUUUCCGAUUCUGGAGUUUGUUAAGAUUGCACGCAGGCAACGCCGUAUUGGCAUCUGUGUGGCCGUGUUGUGGAUGAUGCAGGAUGAUUCAGUCGCCGGUGGUUCGACCACUGGCCAGUUUUACAUGAUACCGGACCUUUCAUCUCUUCGCCGGAAUGUCGGGCUGGAUUCUAAAAGCGCCACUGUAAUGACCUGGUGGAAGACGGACGAUGGAGAGCCGCUGGAAGAAUGUCCGCGUACAACCCUACAGACUAUCACGAACAAAUUGCGGGACGAAUUCGACAUCAAAGCCGUCUGUGGCUUCGAGGUAGAAGUCGUCUUCCUAAGACCGACAACUGACCCCUCCACUGGUGAAGAGGAUUGGUGUGCAACUACCACAAACCACUCCUGGUCCCAAAUGACCCGUGAAACCCGCCGCAUGCUUCCAUUACUCGAGGAGAUUGCUGCGACCCUCGCCUCUAUCGGCAUUCAUCUCGAACAGUUCCAUGCCGAAUCCGCUCCCGGUCAAUUUGAAUUCAUCCUUCCUCCCGACUCCCCUGUCGCCGCGGUAGACACCCUCAUCAAAGCCAGGCAGAUAAUCACUUGCGUGGCCGAGCAGCAUGGCCUUCGCGCCACCCUCCAUCCUCGUCCAUACCCCUCCGCCGCCGGCACAGCCUCCCACGCACAUAUUUCCAUCUCCCCACCGACUAAAGAAGCCUCCUUUCUUGCUGGCGUCCUCCAUCACUACCAGUCCAUCGUCGCAUUCACCCUCUCCGGCGACGCAAGUUACGACCGCGUCAAAUCGGGCAUCUGGUCCGGAAGCGAAUGGGUCGCCUGGGGCACCCAAAAUCGCGAAGCCCCUAUCCGCAAGAUCUCCCCAGGCCACUUUGAAAUCAAAUCCCUGGACGGCUUGGCUAACAUGUACCUCGCAAUGUCGGCUUUCCUCGCUGCAGGAUAUGCCGGCGUAAAGGAGGAUAGACCGCUCACUGCUAAGGAUUGUAGACAUGACGCAGCAACCCUCACCGAUGCCGAGCGGACCGCCCUGGGAAUCACAACCAAGCUCCCAACUACCCUGUCCCAGAGUCUUGAUGCACUAGCAUCUAACCAAAUCCUCCAAGAGCUGCUCGGUCCCAAUCUAGUGAGAAAUUACAUCAUGGUGAAGCGGGCGGAGAGCGAGAAACUCAGCACGAUGGAUGAGAAGACGCGGCGGAAGUGGCUAGUGGAGAGGUAUUAG